CCCCAAUAUAUUCCAAUUUAAAUACCCCAUUACAUGGUGUUGGGCGUCGUUCUCAUGAGAAAGAGUUUAUUAAUUGACAAGAUUAGCCUUCAAAUUAUCUAUUGACAUUUUCAUUUCAGGUCAUUAUCAUAAUUAUUAUAUUCUGUGUUUGAUCUCGUAUAAUUAUGUCCUCUAUUCUCUCAACGUACAGGGUAAAUAUGAUAAUUGUUAUUAUUGUUAUAUUGAGAUGAGUAGCUCUAGUUCUAGUGACUCUGAACAAUCACCUAGUGAAUUCGAGGUUUCAUUAUUACGUUUACCUAUUGAUUUAAAAGUAAAAUCUCUGGAUAAAUCAGAAUUAUUAGAGCUAGGCAAACAGUUAGGUAUUCACAUCCCUCAAUCUGUUAAUAUUGAAUACUUGAGAUUCGCUGUUGACUUGGCAAAAAAAGUUUGUAUUUAUGUGGACCACGAUUCAGGAGCUAGAGAUGCUCUAAGUCGAUUACUUAAGUUAGGGUCCCUGUCUCAACGCGAUCGUAUUAUCUUCCCUAUGUUAGCCGAUUACGAGCGAAUAGUAGGCAAGCUAGGCAGAAAUCAAGAACACAUCUACGACACAGUAGCUCCCGAUAACUUAGCAAAUAUCCUAAUUCCAGAAAAUAAUAUGGCAGGGAAUGAUAAAAGACCCUUUGCGAAACCCGAAAGCUAUGGGGGUACAAAGAGUGAAGACUUCAACGAGUGGUUGAAAACCUUCAAUAGGGCAGCAAAAAUAAAUAAGUGGGAUGAGGAUGAUAAAAUCUUGUAUUUACCCCUCUACCUCAAGAAAACAGCAUUGGCAAUUUUCGACAUAUUUUCGGAUAAAAAUGAAAACGCGACAUUUCUUGAUGCAGUAGGCCACUUAAAAAGUAAACUUGUAGACCCUGUUCAUGAAGAGACAACCAGACAAAAACUCGAAAACAGAAACAAAUUACCAACAGAAACAUACACAGAAUACACAGCAGAUAUAAUAAAACUUUGUCACAUUCUUGAGCCUCAAAUGUCAGAGAAAAGAAUAGUAGGAUAUGUUUUGAGAGGCUUAGACGUAGGAGCAUUGCAACAUGUUGCUUUCAUGGACAAUGCAUCAGUUGAAGAUUUAGAGAAAAAUCUCGCCAAAUAUGAAAGAUCUCGCUUCCUUCUAGACAAAAAGUUAGGAAUGCAUAAUGCUUCAAUCGAACAGCCUGUCCAAAAAAUAAAUGUAGUAGAUACUUUAGAGAAGAAAUUGAACGAUCUGAGUAUUGUGGUGAAAAAUUUGAGUAGAAAUGUAGGUCAAUCACAAAAUCCCAAUCCUAAUAGACAGUUUGGAAAUAGGAGCGGAAACGUCUUCCCACACGAAACAAAUCAGAACAAUUUCCAAAGACAACCUUAUUCAAACAAUAAUAAUUACAAUGAUCGCGACAGAAACACACAAUCACAUAAUCCUAAUCCUAAUAGACAGUUUGGAAAUAGGAGCGGAAACGUCUUCCCACACGAAACAAAUCAGAACAAUUUCCAAAGACAACCUUAUACAAACAAUAAUUACACACAAUCAACAUCAGUCAAUUACAGGACACCAAUCAACCCUAAUAGGACUAGAUUCUGUACAUACUGUAAGAGGAAUAAUCACUGGAAAGACGAUUGUUUUUUCUUAUCAAAAAACUCGAAUACAGGAUCCCGAGCCUAGACGAAUCGGAUAUGAACUUGGGAUCCGGAUUUGAAAAACAAAGCGCUGAAUUUCCAUUUGAUAAUUAUUCUCCAAAUUCAAUUGAUAAAGAAGAAAUCACAUGUAAUAUAAUAUCUUCUGUAUCAAUGAAAGAUGAACAAUCCAAAGCGAUAGAAUUUGUCAGGCAGUUUUUUCUCAAUGCCAAUAAUAAUCAGUUAUACUCAAAUGAAAGUGAAAUUAAUUGCUCUAACGAAAUAGAAAGUGAAACCAACUUCAAACAGCUAUUGUCUUCCGAAAUGCAUGCUCAGCACGAACUUGGAAUGAAUGGAUCAUUGACUAAAGAGAGAAGAAUUCAAGUCCCAGUACUUACUAUUAAUGGAAAAUUCAAAGGAAAAGAUGUAUCAAUUACCAUUGACACCGGUACGAACGUAAACAUAGUUCAAAAAAAUCUUUUAAGUAGCGAUGAUCUAAAACAUUUGAAAAAUAGUAGUAUUGCUUUAUCGGUAGCUAAUGGUUCAUUAAUGCCGAUCACAGGAAUGAUCUCGAGUGAAAUUCAAAUACAUGACAGGAAAUUCGAAGUAAAUUUAGUAAUUUCUGAAGACUUACAGGCUGAUAUUAUUGUUGGAAAUUCCUUCUUCUCAAAAUAUAAAAUGAAAUUAGAUUAUGAGAAUAACAUCAUUUCAAUGACCGAUAAUGGUAAAAUAGUCGAAUUAGACAUGGAUAAAGAGUGGAUUUGUACAUUAAAUAGAUUACACAACGAUUCUGAAACAAAUAUUACAAAAGAAGUCUGCAUACCCAA